AUGAAUGCACAAGAGCUGGAUGAAAAAGUUCCCAACCCAGCCGCUGUGAACGCGGCGCGGCCAGAAGCGCGCCGGCCGCUGAGGAACCUGCUGCUCGCGUGCGAACGUGAACAAAAUGCCCUGUGCCGCUUCAAAAUUCACCUUUUUUUUUUCUUCACAGCCGAUGAAGAAUUUAACGACCUUUGCUUUGAGUUCGGGUUGGAGCUUGACGAAGUUACAUCCGAAAAAGACAUUAUAAGUAAGGAGAAAGGUGAAGGAAAGGCAGCAGGUGCAUCUGAGACUGUUCUCUAUAAAAUCGAUGUUCCUGCCAACCGCUAUGAUCUUCUUUGCCUCGAAGGGCUGGUCCGAGGACUGCAGGUCUUUAAAGAAAGGAUAAAUCUCCCUAGGUAUGAAAAGAUAAUACCAGCUAAAGGUGAAGGUCAGAAGCUGAUUAUCACUGAAGAGACUGUCAAAAUCCGUCCUUAUGCUGUAGCUGCAGUCCUUCGUAACAUAACUUUUACCAAAGAACGUUACGACAGUUUCAUUGACCUCCAAGAAAAGUUACACCAAAAUAUUUGCAGGAGGAGAGCAUUAGUAGCAAUAGGUACCCAUGACUUGGACACCAUUUCUGGUCCAUUCACUUUUACAGCUAAAGUACCUUCUGAAAUUAAGUUCAAGCCCUUGAACCAAUCACAGGAGUACACAGCUUCACAAAUUAUGGAUCUGUAUAGGACUGACAGCCAUCUCCGACACUAUUUACACUUGAUUGAAAACAAGCCACGUUAUCCUGUCAUUUUUGAUAGCAGUGGUGUUGUUCUGUCCAUGCCACCAAUCAUCAAUGGAGAUCAUUCAAAAAUAAGCCUAAAAACCAGAAAUGUAUUUAUUGAAUGUACAGGCACAGACAUGACAAAGGCAAAAAUUGUUCUUGAUAUCAUAGUUGCGAUGUUUAGUGAAUACUGUGAGAAGCAAUUCACUGUUGAAGCAGUAGAAGUAAUUUAUCCUAACGGGAAGACUCACAUCUAUCCGGAAUUGGCUUACAGAAAGGAAAAGGUGAAGCCUGAACUCAUUAACAAGAAAUUAGGAAUCAGUGAAACUCCAUCAAGCCUUGCAAAGCUGCUGACUAGGAUGUGUUUGAGCUCACACAUCACAGGGAAUGGGAACAAUAUAGAGAUUGAAAUCCCUCCUACCAGAGCGGACGUUAUCCAUGCAUGCGAUAUCGUAGAAGAUGCAGCAAUAGCUUAUGGUUAUAACAACAUUCAGAUGGUUAUUCCGAAAACGUACACCAUAGCUAAUCAACUUCCACUCAAUAAGCUCACAGAACUUCUGAGACUGGACUUGGCAGCUGCUGGAUUCACUGAAGCACUCACUUUUGCCCUGUGUUCUACGGAAGACAUUGCAGACAAACUUGGCAUGGAUAUCUCUGCUACAAAUGCAGUGCACAUAGCAAACCCCAAAACUGCAGAAUUUCAGGUGGCACGUACAACCCUCCUUCCUGGUCUGCUGAAAACUAUAGCUGCUAACCGGAAGAUGCCCUUGCCUCUGAAACUCUUUGAGAUUUCUGACGUUGUAGUAAAAGAUCUCACUAAAGAUGUAGGUGCAAGAAACUACAGGCAUUUGUGUGCCAUUUAUUACAACAAGAGCCCUGGGUUUGAGAUUAUCCAUGGUUUGCUGGAUAGAGUCAUGCAGCUUCUGGAAGUACCACCAAAUGAAGAGAAUGGAUAUACAAUUAAGGCAACUGAAGGCUCCGCUUUCUUCCCUGGGCGCUGCGCUGAGAUCUUUGCCAGAGGUCAGAGCGUGGGGAAGCUGGGAGUGCUGCACCCCGACGUCAUCACCAAGUUCGAGCUCACCAUGCCCUGCUCUGCCCUGGAGAUCAACAUUGAGCCCUUCGUGUGACGACAGGGCCUCACCCACAGACGCCCACUCCCAUGCUUUCACCCUCUGCUCCUCUUUCUCUGUAGGCAACAUCCGCUUCUGCUUUUAUGGUUCAAUAAACAACAAAAACAGA